UUAAAUAAACUUCUAACAUAAGUGAUCAUUUUGUCAUUUUCCUCUCCUUAGACUAAACAAAAACCACCACCUUAAAAUCCCAUUUUUCUCCGGUUCUUGAAACCUCCAUUAUUGUAACUGAACAACAAACAACAAUGUCUUCCUACAACAACAGGGCAUCCUAUUCACCUUCUGCACCACCCCUUACUGACCCAAACACCCCACCAAUAGCCCACCCUUACCACCCUCCACCCCCCUCUUCCACAAAUUAUUCAUACCCAAAUUACCCUCAGCAACCUGGUUCUUCUUAUGGGUAUUACCAGAAUACUCCAAAUUAUGCUUCUUUUUUUCCUCCUGGAACUGACCCACAAGUUAUUCAGAGUUUUCAGAUGGUUGAUAGGGACCAUAGUGGAUUUGUUGAAGAUAAAGAGUUACAACAAGCUCUUUCUUCUGGUUAUCAAAGGUUUAGUCUUAGGACUAUUCG